AUGACUACGAAUCACAGACCAACAUUAGAAAGUAAAAGAGGUAAACGUAUAACUAUCAAAGAUAGUAUAUCUCAUUCAAGAAAUCAACCACAGCAAAAAUCAUUAAAAUAUAGAAAUGAUAUACCAAUCCCAAAUGAUAUAUUAUCAAAUGCAGUUAAACAAUUAAAAGAAGAAGAAGAAGAAGUAGAAGAACCAGAAAAGAAGAAGAUAAAACUAGAAGAAACAAAAGAAGAAGUAAAAGAGGAGAGUGAAUGUGAGAGUGAGAGUGAAAGUGAUUCAGAAGAUGAUGAAACUGCCGAAUUAUUAGCUGAAAUUGAAAAAAUACGGAAUGAAAAGAAACAAGAAGAAGACAAGAUUAAGUCAAAUAAUCCAUUAGUUAAAAUAGAUAAUAAACAACUACAGAAGAAGAGUUGGAGAUCAUCUACUUUUAGAGAAAAGAAACAACCACUGAAUGAAUCACCGAAAUUUACUAAUGAUACCUUGAAAUCAGAUUAUCAUCAAAAACUAUUAUCAAAAGUCUUUAAAUAG